AUGCCCAUCAAGAUUCCCAAAGGGUUUGCCCGGCGCAAGUCGUCCGGUAACGUUCUGGAAGAACCCGAAAAUCCUCCCCAGUCUUCCUUUCGCGUCAUCGAGCGCCCUUCCAUGGAUGCAAGAUCUCUCAGUGAGGGCAAUCUACUGGCUCCAAAGAGUGCGAUGACGGCACGCCGAUCUUCACAGCCGCUAGAGGCCCCAGAUAACAACCUCUUUACCAACUCCUCGAGAUCCUUCAACAAGAACCGUGAUAGUGGAGGGACCGAUACCUCGGCUGUCACCGCCGGAACGUACGAGAGCUCUUCAUCGCUACGCUUCAGUUCCUCGUCCACCAGCCGUCCUUCGAAUGAAGCGCCAGCCCCUGAAAACAUCCAAUCAUCUCAGUCCCGAGGCUUCCACGACAUUCCUCCGCUGACUGGUGCGCUGCGGGCCGCCGGCCGGACCCUCUCGUUUGGUGGACGAUUUUACAAAAACUCCACACCACAGCAGCAGCCUCCACAACCAGACUCAUCUAAAACCAGGACGAUGAUAGCUACCACGCCUCCAAAAAUACUAGAGACGGAUUUGAAAUUGAAUCUAGGCAAGGAAAGUGAUUUUCAGAGUAUGCUGAAAGAUUUCGGGAGCCCGAAAGAGGCUUCUUUUGGUGAUAAACUGGCAGAUCCGGAACCACAGUCUUCCUCGUCGGUGUCUCAAACAGCUGGAAAAGCGUCGCGGCCACCCCCGAUCAACACAGACAGGUCAAAGGAAGUCGAACCUUCCCCGUACUCGUGGGACAGUCGUCACUCGGAAGAAGGCUUACUGAGCACAUUUGAUUCUGGUCGAAGAGAUUCGUUAGCAGCCCAAGUCAGUGCCAUGUCUAUCAGCGGAGGACGCAAAUCAGACCCUCCAACUACUACUCCACCGCCGGCCACUACCUCGCACCGUGCUCUCGACCGACCCAGGGCCGGAGCUGAUAAAGGUCUGAGAAGGAGCGUGAUAUAUUCCCAAAAACGGGAUUCAGCUCCAGUGGAAGAUGAGGAUGCCCGAUUGAUUAUGCAAGCGCUGUAUUCCGGUAAAAGCAACACCCACGAAACGGAAAACGAACCUCUCUUCGGGCAUGCCAACAACACGGCUGCGGAUAUACAUGGCCCGACUCCAUUGCGCGUUCGCAGAUCACCCGCACUUUCGGAGUACAACGAUCCUUCAAUUGCGCAUCAUGCACGACUUGCUGCCCAAUAUGAAAACCGUAUACCGAAAUCCACUUCACCGGCCAACAAAGUCAUGACCCCAUCGCAGUUCGAGCAUUACAAGCAACAACAAGAAUUGCGAAGGGCCAACAGUGACGCUUCAAAGAGCGAGUACUCUUCGGAAAGCGAAUUUGACGAAGACGAUGAAGCGGAGAAGAACCGGGAGGCAGAAAGGCAGAGACGGAAGCAGGAGGCCCAUUUGUCGGUUUAUCGCCAACAGAUGAUGAAAGUCACCGGCCAGCAACAGUCAUCAACGCCAUCGCUUCGUCCAGAACCGGACUACUCUAGCAAUAGUGACCCGAACUUGACGGUCCGAUCAUCUAUUCCAGGGAAUCCAUCCGCAAGUGGGAAAAGUAGCGACGGUGGUGAUGAUGAUGAUGAAGAGAUCCCAUUGGGCAUCUUGGUGGCCCAUGGAUUCCCAAGCAAGAAUCGCCCCCCCACACGCCUCAGCACCCCCCGAUCGAUUCCCAAUCUCCGAUCCUCAUUCCAGCUUCCUAGGUCAUCUGCGAGUUCAGCUCACGGUGAUCAAGGCACUGCCAAUCGUGCCAGCUUGCCUGCCUUUGCUAAGAAUCUGCCACGAGAUCCGUACUACGGAGCUAGCAUUGUCAAUCCUACUAACCGGGAAUCUCUAGCCCUGGGUGGAGGUAUGUCCGCACAGGCGAAUCUUUCGUCAUCCGCACUGCCCCCAGGGGGGUUGGUCGGAGUUAUUGCUACGGAAGAACGGGCUCGGGCCAACCGACGUGGUAGUCCCAAUACUCAGGCGAUGUACGAACAUGCAGCAUUGGGAGGGAGCACUCCUCAUUUGGCCGGUGGUAUCCCUCGGCCCUACUCGAUGAUGGGCAUAAAUCUGCCAAGUGCAUCUUCACCCCAGCCGCCAGUCUCUGCGGCAGAGCAGGCGCAGAUCCAGUUAUCGCAGCAGAUGUCUCAAAUGAUGCAGCUGCAAAUGCAGUGGAUGCAGCAGAUGAUGCAGAUGCAGGGCGGGCAGAGCUCGCUACAACCGCCACCGCAAAUGCCAAUGGCCGGUCCUUUACCAUCUAUCAAUGUCAAUUCGAACGGCAGACCCAUGUCGAUGCCAGCAGCCGAGCCUUUGAAUCCUGCCACCACUGGCUCGCAGGGCGGCCAGAGGGCUCUCAGCAUGUUAAAUCCGCAGUCGUCUCGGGUGAACACUGGCCCCCCAAUGUCGUACGCCACGGGCGGGCUUCGUCCUGGUACUCCAGCUGGGCAAGGUUAUGCAUCGUCGAUUGCGCCAUCUGAACAUAGCAACAUCGGUGCAAGGCCUCGGUAUCGGCCAAUGUCGGCUGUGCAACCAGAGCAGGGACCUUCAUUGGUGCCACCAAUGUCGAAGCCAUGGAACGAUGAGAACCAGAGGUCGAGCAUUUCGCUCGUCAAAUCCUCUGCACCAUCAGUCACUGCUCGCCCUGUCUCGAGUGCUGGUUUCUCUAUCAGUGCUAGCAAACGUCGACAAGCUGCUGCUGCGGAUGAUGACGAUGAUGACGAUGAGGGCUGGGCCGAAAUGAUGAAGAAACGAGAAAACAAGAAGAAUAACUGGAAGACGAAACGGGAGACUUCGAACCUGGGAGAUCUGUUGAAUGUCGUACAUUGA